AUGGACAAAUCUUUCUUGGACGUUGGCGGGGCGUAUGUCAACGAAUCUCCGAUACGCGAAAUGUUUUUACAUUCUUUUUUACCGUUUUCCUCGUCCGCGCUAAACAAUGGCGAUGAAAUUCGGAUAUCCAUUCAGAAUCGCGAUGCACACACACUGCCGAGCGAUAGUUUUAUCUAUAUAGAGGGCAAAAUAACAAGGCCUGAAGGACUUAAAACUCAGAUAACUAUCGCACAUAACGGUUUGACUAAUUUGUUUACCGAGAUGAAAUACGAAAUAAACUCUACAGAAGUACAGCGGGUUAAGAAACCGGGGAUUACCAGUGCCAUGAAGGGGUAUUGCUCGUAUUCGCCCGCCGAUGAGAAUAUCUUGCAAAACGCUGCAUGGGAUAUCACUAACAAAAAUGUUAAUUUCAUGAAAGACGAUACGUUCAGCGGGUGUAUCCCGUUAAAACACGUUUUUGGUUUCUGUGAGGACUACAGGCGAAUACUGAUAAAUUGCAGUCAACAACUGAUAUUGAACAGAUCGAUGUCGGAUACGAGCGCGUUACAUUACACCAGCGUGGUAGGCGGCGACAUGGCUACCGAGACGGUUAAGGCUAUGGUGGCUAAAGUCAAAGUUCAGCUAACGCGAGUGUUGUGGAAAGUACCAGUGAUCAAAGUCGACGAUCGGGAGAGGUUGAAGCUGAUGAAAAUCAUUGAUAGCAAAAAAAUGAUAAAUUGUGCUUUUCGAAAUUGGGAACUUUGCGUUUAUCCGAAUCUACCGCAAACGAGCAAACACUCUUGGAUGGUUAAAACUUGUUCGCAGGUUGAAAAACCUAGGUGUUUAAUAAUCGCUUUUCUCACCAAUACGCCGGGAAGCGUGUCGGACGGUUAUAGCGGCGAUUACGAUGCAUGUUCGUUGACAAACGUUAAAGCAUAUAUUAAUUCGGUCGAAUAUCCGUACGAGGAUUUCAACGAGAGUUUCGACAAAAACCUGUUUACGAUGUUCUAUCAAAAUUAUAUCGAUUUCCAAAAACAUUAUUACGAGAGGGAUAACUCCCAUCCGUGCCUGUCGAGAGAAAAAUAUAAAGAGUUGGGACCAUUUAUCUGCAUAGAUUGUUCGCGACAAAGCGACGAUGCGAAAAUUUCUAACGUAGAUCUCCGUCUUGAAAUAGAAGCAUCCAAUAACUUUCCCGCUAACACGGCUGCCUACUGUCUGGUGAUUCACGAUCGCGUGAUUCAAUACAACCCGUUUACCGUGAAGUGUAGAAAACUAUAA